AAGUACCCCAUUCCCACAUGCAUAUACACCCAUUCCCGAUUAGAUUUAGUAUGUUAGUAGAAUAUAGUUGUCUGCUAUGAAGGAAUAGUACGACUAGGGAGCCUGGAGCUCCACCUUGGCUUUCUCUUCACGACGCGCGUUGCCAUGUAAUUAACUGAACCUCUUGUCAUUUGACAUUCGCAUGACGCACACUAGAAGUUUUCUUCUUUCCACUUCUCACGACACUGGGAUAUGUAAGUGUUAGGGUGAGUUGCGCAGCAAACAAUGCAAUUGCCACAUGCUGCUGCUGCAUAAGGAAUAAGUGAUUCUCCCGCGGUCUACACAAUACCUACAUAGGGUUAGUGCGUGACCUGCUUGAGUAUGAUUAUGAUCCGUGGUCCGGUUCGUUCUAUUCAGUCCGCUCAGUCGUGUUGGGAUCUGCUUGGUGCCACUUCGUUGCUAAAUUUUGACGAGCUGGCCAAACGCAAUGCUAGACCGCGUCCCGCGUCACUCAGCUUUGGAUCGUGGCGUGCAGUGAUAUUUUUGGUAUUUCUUUCGCAGACCCGCCUGCGAUGGACCGCGAAGAUUCCGGAUGGAGGACCAGCUAUUUACGCAGUCCGUGCACUGCAACGACAAAGUGGGCAGACGCGUAUCACAGGAACAGGGAGUAGCAGGCCGGCACCAGGUGCGGUGUUUUGGAAGAGGACUGGCACAGACGAGGAGCAAGGGGGCGACCAAGAAGAGUCAGCUAGGAACGAUGCGAACCGAAUACGCCUCGUCAAGGAAGGCGAGGGCGACAGUAGUAUCAGCGAUAGCGACACGAGCACGGCGAGCAGCGCCCUUUCGGAAAUAGACAACGUUGACGGGCGGAGCGGUCGUAAGCGAGCAGCAGGACGAGGAAGUAGAGGCGGUGCACCGAGACAGGAAAAGAACGAUCGAGGAGCCAAGGACGACAACAUCAACAGUGUUGUCGAACUGGCACGCAGCACACAUAGACAAAGAAAAACAGAACUAAGAUCGGGGGGGAAUGUAGCAGUGAAGACGGAACUUCAGGCAACGAAUGAUAAAAAUCAGCCAUACGGUGGUAUUCCUGAAGGAUGCAGGAAAGUAGAUAGCAGCACGGGGCGCUGCCGCAGUGAAACUUCCAUUUCGCUCGGGGGCGUAGGGCAACAAGUUAGUGACAACCAGCGUUUCCUGUUCGUAAAGCGGAUGAUUGGCUCAAUGGAUAAUGGUCGCAAGUUUCGUUACAAGUGCGGUGGCAGCGAUGAAGAGAUCGACCUUAGCACUGGAGAAAUGUGGGAUCACUUCUUGGUCGAGAAAAAACCGGGAAAGAAAUCUUGGGGUGUCUGGACAGGGGGCGGAGAGGUGUACUUUCAUGGUUUGCAGUGCACGAAUAUUAAGUUCGGUCUCUCUGGGUAUUCGAGUCUGGGUUGCUACAAAGCCGAUUCCAAUGCUCUCGUUGGGAACGUGGAAAAGGAGCCGGUAAGGCAUCGCAGUGUGCGCGAGUGUGCCUUCGAAUGCAGGGCCUUCGAGUAUUUCGCCCUCAAGGCCGGUAAAGAGUGCUGGUGCACAGACGACAAGGGCUUCCAAGCGGCGGAGAAGCAGGAGGACACACAUUGCGCCUCCGCCUGCCUAGAACCCAUGCAGCCAGACGACGGGUGGGAUAAGCUGAACAACAAUCCGUGUGGAGGUGACGAGGUAUUCAGCUUUUACCAACCUGGUUUUGGAAGCAGCUCCGAACAACUGGAUAAGGGCGAGACGUGCACACUGCUGGAGCGCGAGGGUGAGAAAUGUAGGGGUGCCACUUACAUCAAGCUGGCAAAUGAUGCAGAAGGACUCAAGAACGACGCAAAUCGGGUCAUUGUCCGCAAGGGACAGCAGGGAGUCGUUGAUCCGAUGCUGCGGAUGAUCAACAAAAGAGAUCUCGGUAGCCUGGUAAGCGCCGAGCUCCAAAAGGAGCGCGCGGGGAAGAAGAUGUUUUGGCAGUGCGGCGAGUAUGCGGACAGCGGAUGGACGCAUGAGCUGAACCCCCAGUCAUGGUUCGAUCACAUCCAAGUUCGAUAUUUUUCGGACGGGACGGUGGACCUGCGCGCGAUGCGCUGCGACGAUCCAAGGCAGGUUAGCUUCGGUGGGAAGGUCGAAGACAAAAACGAGAAGAGAGUUGUGGCGGGCGGGUACCAAUACCUAGGGUGCUAUAAUG